AUGACUGGUCCUUUUUUAUUCUCCAUCCAUCUCGCAUCAUCAUUCGCUUCCAGAGUUUACAAGCCUUCAAGCUCGACUAGGCCAGCAUCCUGCAAAGUCCCAGGACAACCGCUCAAUAUCUGCUCCCCCGUAACCACUCUCACAGAGGUCAUCGUGGCUUCUCACAACUCCUCCUCCGAGGAACCGGAGCACUUACCGUACCCAGCGACCAAGCUCAUCAUCGCCCAGUAUUGGCACUGCUCGCGAGACCCUCCAUUCUGGGGAUAUCUCAUCGUCGGCACCUUCUACGACCCGCACAACAAUAUCGUUUGGAGCACCGAGAUCUUUGCCUUUCAGCCCGACACGCGUCGAGAUCGAGGCGCUCGAUCAGACGCAUCGUCGGAGUCGGACGUGGAAUCAACUUCUAGCAGAGAACUGGACGACCGAUUCGCCCGCAGCCUCAACCUUGCUCAAAGCACCAGCGCAAGAAACCCAGCAUACGCCCCGGCAUACCCAUCACACCUCAACGCUCAGCAUUUCUGGGACCCGACGCUCGCAGGACCCGUCCCCGGCCACUGGGUCACUGAAUACGACCACCGACUCGGAAACUGGGUAAACACCUGGCAGCCGGACCUCCCUUACUUCUAA